CUUGCACUUUCGCUCGAGCGUCGCCCAGCAGGCCGCAUCCGAGGCGCGCUCCCUACGCAGCAAACGCACUUAUAGCAGUCAAGGGGGGCGCUGCAUACUGAUCGUCCCACCAAUCAAAACACUUUACUUGCAAACGUAGCAGGCUUAACAAACCUGUUGAGCCGCGGAAAGGAUUGCAUCGGUUUAUGCGUGUUGUUAAGUGGUGCCUAAUGCUUUGUUUUCGUGCUUUUCCUGUCACAGAGGCUGCGGUCCAAGCGACUUGCAGUCUGGCACCGCGACCUUCUGUGGGGCGCGGCGAUCGUCUGUAGUGUACAGACAGUUGAUCUGCGCUGACGUGUCCUUAGCGUUCCAUUCUCAUCGCAUGUCACUUCCCUCGUUUCCGUUACUUUGUGAUAUGUUCUGUAUCAGCGAAUCAGGUGUUUUUUUACGAUCCGUAAAGUGGAUCGGACCGUUUUCACCAUCGCGUCCACAGCAAGGGGCUCACCAAAGUUUUGGGGACGGACCUGCUCAUAAUUCACUGUUCAGAAAGACUUACUCUUGAAAACCGAAAGCGACCAAAGAAAGAAGCGCGGAAGAAGCGGAACAGAAAAACGAGCUCAAGUCUCCUUUUAUAUGUGUGGGCUGCCGUGGUACGCUCUUCCACUUGCGUUGCACAGUCCGUGCAUUUAAGUGCAAGUGUGGGCAUGACAGCAUCCUGUUGCCAAAGACGAGCACAACGUAUUUGCGAGUCGUGAACGAGUCUCAACGACCGUCUAGAGUGUCUCAGUGUUGAGACAGCGACUCGUUGCCAGCUUUUUAAAUUUGGAUCACGGUUGUUGGAAAAUCGGGAGCCCGAUCAAAAAAAGAUGCCGUGUCCGCCUUUGUUUAACGAAAUUGAAACCUGUACAUUUCUUAUGCCACUGUACAAUUGAUUUUCUUGUCCGUAUGUAUUUGCACGCGACAGAAGGAGCAAGUAUUAUUGGUACGUUGUUCACGUUCUGUAUUCUGCGCUCACGGGACUAGUUGGAUUGGGUGGAUUCGUCUCAUCCGACCGUCCCCCCACCCUGCUGCCCUAGCUUGUCUCGAAGUAUUUCUUUCGUGUCUUCUCACUUCUUUUACCGGGAAUCAUCCUUCUGUCUGGUUUCGCCGCGGCGCAUCUCGAUACCUUCCGCCCUCUGUAUCAUCGACCUUUUUCGUGCUGAAGACUCAGGGAGCCUAACAGGCCGAGCGCCGUAAGGAAAUACAUUUGCAUUUAAUCGUCCGCGCGUGACACUGCUCCUGUGCCAGAAGACUGACCAGUUCGCUCGAAUGUGGACUGAGGAGCACGUAGCUUGGCGAAAGUGACAUCGUGUAGCACCCGAACAGUCUGAAAACCAGGCGGGCACUCACUGUGUUGUGUCCUUCAGUUGUAGUUACACUGUCUUCCAUUAUCUGGUGCUUGGAUCCUCUCAUAACACUGAAGACCGAUUUGCCUUUUCUCUGUCGCAACCACAAGUCGUGUAAUCCGUAUCAUCGUAGCCUUGGUUAAUCAGGCCACCCAUUCAACUCAAGAAACUCAUUCUUUCGCGAUGUUGCUGGACUUCUGUUGAUCUACAAGCGUUGCGGCGGCUUAUUCAGUCAUAUAUAUGAGUAGGGGUAAUUAUUUUUUGCAACCGUAGUUAGCGUCGCCACUAAGGGAGGGGAAAUUCGAACCUUGCCGUAGCUUGGAUUUUGCUGUUGCUGUGUCUUUUCGUCUUUGCAGGGUUUCAGCUUUUUUUCGAACGCGGUGCUCUCUGCCCAAAGCAUUUUGCUCACAAAGUUUUCGGCUGUGCCUGGUCGCGGUGAUCUACCGGGACGCCGUUUUUUUCUCCCUUCUGGAGACCCGUUCUCGCCAGCCUCCGGCUGGUUGCGACCGAGUAGCAGGCGGGGAGUCUUUUCUAAGGAAAAAAGGGAAAGCAUUCUUCUGCCGCUGUCCGUGUACCGAUGGUAGACCUUCAAGAUCAGCCGUUUUCGGGGUCCGCUGACCUGGACACCCCGAUUCCGGCUUCGAUAAUGUACGACUCAGACCUCUCUAAGAUCUUCGCGGCCCUCGCCGCACCGCUCUUGCAGAGCCAAGAGCUUGGUAUGUUGAGCCACGAAGACUGUUCUGCGGAUACAAACGCAGAAGACUGCACGCCGCGGACUACGGACCAGGACGGCAUUGUCGACGCCUACGGCGCUGUCAAUCGUUCGGCCAAAGGCAGUCGCUGUUUGAGCGAUCAGUCGCCGCGCAAGUGCCAGGCAGACUUGUCUAGCGACCUAACUUUCGCUGCUCUCAAGGCUCUCGCGGGUCACCUGGAGAGCCUUGAGGCGAGCGGCGGGAGCGAGAGGUGCUCACCCCGCGCCCGAAAAUUAGGGCGCGGCGAGUCGUCUCCUGGCGCGUGUGAAGAAGGCCUCAGGGAACACGAGUCGAGCGACAGAAUCGAAUCGUCCCGCAUGCACGCGGUAGCGGAGCGCCAGAGACUGGCGGCAGAUGCAGAAAAGGUCGGGCUCGGUGUCGAGAGGCCGAAUGUGGACUGUUCGUCAGGCGAUGCGGUUUCAAUGGGGCUCCAACUCGAGGACUUGUCUUCGGGGAUGGCGCUGUUCGGCCGCGGGCUGAAGCGCGCGGCGUCCCAAUGUUUCGAUGGAGAGGGAUUCGCAGACGCCUCGCCCACAGACAGCACACGCUCUGGCGGGGACGGGCCUCGCAGCGACAGGCGGAAGAGCCCUAAGAUCGGAGACACGGAUUCGGGGAAGCGAAGCGACUGCGAACUCCUCGGCGUCGACCAGCUCCUGAAGGAAGACCUAGAAGACGUUCUGGAGCUGGAGCAAGCCACGUCACAACUACUGCUCAGCGACUCAGACUCUACGAGUCUGCGUGAGACGCAAACGCCUCAAUUCAGAGGGUUGCUUGACCUGCCACCUCCCGCUGUCAAAUCUUUUGACGUCCACGCGUCGCGAUCGCCCGAUUUUGGCUUCGGCACCAAGAUCGAAUCGACUGGGCAACCGUCGACGGGUGGACUUCCGAGCAUCCUGCCCCGAUCCUUCCGCAGCCGCAGCGACUACCUGUCGUUAUGCAGUUUGCAGACAGGAUCCUCGGAUUUGGGGAAAGAGCGAGAACCAAGAAGUCUAGAAGAGCUGAAGUCUCUAGCCGGAAACGAAGAGCUGGGUCUUACGGAAAUACACAUACUCGCCGAAGGCUUGGCGAAAGAGUUCAUGGAGACAUGCUGUGCGAGGCUGAGGCCUGAGGGCUACCGAAACUGCAGACUCAAAUACCGCCGGGAUAAUUUGUCCUUCACCGUCGUGUCGAAGAGCCGGUCACGGUGCAGCAGCCCGCGGAUUGACAGUCGCAACGGUAGAUACACUCCGCGGUCUGCGUUGAAGGAGGGACCUUCGCCUUGGUCCUCGGGAGCUGGUAUGUUUGCGACUCCAUUUGGAUCGAGUGGAGGCCACAUUGGACUGGCAGGAAACCCGUCGGUGUAUGGGGAGAUGCGCCUGCCUUGCGGCUCACGCUCCAUGGGAGAGAGCGGCGUGAACGAUUCUACAGUGGCGGCGGUUGUGCACGCUUUUUUGAAAGCCACGUCUAUCCUUGCGGAUGCGACAGUACAGCUGCAUCGCGAGAGACUAGGUGCAGGGGCUGUACCCAGUCCUCAAGAAGGAUUUAGACCCGUGUCCAACACGAAAGCAGAGUAUCAGCUGGAGGCUUUCCGCAGAUCCGCGUAAUAACGAGGCGAAGAUCCACACAUUGACAGGAGACACGCAGGGAGCAACUGGAGCUGAGUGCUCGCCUGCAGCUGCGAUUCUGGCUUGCGUCCCCAUGAGCAAUGCCAAGGAAAUGAGGGGAGCACUCCUUCCCUGUUUGGCUCCACCCUUCCAGGCGGUGAAGUCACCGUCUGCCGCCGGGAGGCCUGUUCCGGGAAGACCCUGGAAUUCUCCCGAGCGCUGUUGCUUGUGUUUUUGGACAUGUGAACGCAGCACCACUUCGUUGCUUCACUAUACACGUCUGUGGCGCGUUUAUACAGAAGACCAGCUCUUUCAAGACAAAGGGUGCUUCGUAGUUUUACACAUACAGGAAAAAGUGCGUUUUGCGUGUGAAUAUACGCGCUAGCAUGGCAUACAAAGGAUUUGUCACGGGGGUAGACUAUCGGGGAAGAAACGAGUACGCCCGCGGUCUUGUGUUGGAUACCCUCCAUAUACUCCGCGACACUCGCUACGUACGAAGUUUGUUUAGAUGCAAUUGUUUUUUAACCUAGCCCACUCGCACUCGGUGCUUGGACGACGCACAUGCCGGGAGCGCCGACUAUACAGGAAACCAACUCUCUCCGAAGGGUUCUCCACCAUAGAUACGAAACCUUCUUGCUUUAUCACUUGCUUCACUUUUACUUGCCUUCACGACCUCUGUGUUUCCGGGAUAUGGGUCCAUACACUAGCGGUGUUCCUACCGCUUUUACUGAGGACUGGAGCCGCUCUGAGAGGUCGCUGUCCUCCAUCCGUGUAUACUGUCCGCGUCCGUGUUCCAGUUUCUCUCCGUUUGCGUCCAUAAAUCGAUGCGUUGACAGCGCGAUUAUACAGUACAUAUGAUAUGUCAAAGGAAGGGGUUUUCACGUUGCUGCACAGAUGGAAAACCACUUGUUUUGUCAUGCAGCGCAUGCCGUGUCGGUGCUAGGACGUUCGUGUCGUUGUGCAGGCGUCGGGGUAUUCGUGGUGCAUUCCCUGUUUCCCAGUGUGGCGUCUGUGACUGACUUAGUGUCUUUACGGAGCGAGGUCAAUAAACAUGGUUAUUAAAUCACAAAGCUCCCCGACUCGCCUCCCAGAAAAUGUAACAUCGAGGGCGUGAUCCCAGGAGAGACCAGCUCUGUCAAAUGAGGGGCCGUUCAGUGGUACAGAAUCGAGUGAACCCCACGUGCUUGUCACCUGCGUCAUUGCGCGCCUGCCACCUACAAAAAAGGCGGCUUUUCCCCGUGAGAAUUGAGGGGUACAGGAUUCUAAUCUUCCUGUCAUCGUUGAAUCUGUAGCAUCUGCGGCAUCUGUACCUGAAAACGUCUUGCAUGAAGCUUUUUCAUAUUUAUCGUCGAUGACAUGUGCGCAAUUCGCGCCCGUAGUGGCUCGGUACGAAUCAAACGUCAGCCUCACACCUAGACAGCAGCAUGCGCCUCACAACAGAAGGCUGUUUUCGUAUCAGGCUGUCUUGCUGUCGCAUCCAUGCCAUUUGUGUUUGGUGUGAUUUCCACCGAGCUGUCGCCUUAUCGAUGGACAGCCUCACACCAGAUGUGUACAUGCCACUUCUCUGUACAAUUCGUGCCGCUCAGAGAGAUAGCUACUUUCUAACCGUGUUCUAUCGGCUUCCAUAUUUGACCGAAUUCUCUCCGCGUUGCUCCCACAUACCGAUGCGUUGACAGCGUGAUUAUACAGUACAUGUGAUAUGCCAAAGGACAGGGUUUUCACUUUGGUCCACAGAUGGAAAACCAUUUGUCUCGUUAUCCCGCUCACGCCGUGUCGGUGCUAGGGCGUUCGUGUCCUUGCGCAGGCGUCGGGGUAUUCGUGGUGCAUUCCCUGUUUCCCUGUGUGGCGUCUGUGACUGACUUAGUGUCUUUACGGAGCGAGGUCAAUAAACAUGGUUAUUAAAUCACAAAGCUCCCCGACUCGCCUCCCAGAAAAUGUAACAUCGAGGGCGUGAUCCCAGGAGAGACCAGCUCUGUCAAGCGGGGGGCCGUUCAGUGGUACAGAAUCGAGUGAACCCCACGUGCUUGUCACCUGCGUCAUUGCGCGCCUGCCACCUACACAAAGGGCGGUUUUCCCCGUGAGAAUUGAGGGGUACAGGAUUCUAAUCUUCCUGUCAUCGUUGAAUCUGUAGCAUCUGCGGCAUCUGUACCUGAAAACGUCUUGCAUGAAGCUUUUUCAUAUUUAUCGUCGAUGACAUGUGCGCAAUUCGCGCCCGUAGUGGCUCGGUACGAAUCAAACGUCAGCCUCACACCUAGACAGCAGCAUGCGCCUCACAACAGAAGGCUGUUUUCGUAUCAGGCUGUCUUGCUGUCGCAUCCAUGCCAUUUGUGUUUGGUGUGAUUUCCACCGAGCUGUCGCCUUAUCGAUGGACAGCCUCACGCCAGAUGUGUACAUGCCACUUCUCUGUACAAUUCGUGCCGCUCAGAGAGAUAGCUACUUUCUAACCGUGUUCUGUCGGCUUCCAUAUUUGACCGAAUUCUCUCCGCGUUGCUCCCACAUACCGAUGCGUUGACAGCGUGAUUAUACAGUACAUGUGAUAUGCCAAAGGACAGGGUUUUCACUUUGGUCCACAGAUGGAAAACCAUUUGUCUCGUUAUCCCGCUCAUGCCGUGUCGGUGCUAGGGCGUUCGUGUCCUUGCGCAGGCGUCGGGGUAUUCGUGGUGCAUUCCCUGUUUCCCUGUGUGACAUCUGCCGCUUGCGUCGUGAAUUAACAAAGUUAUGGCGUUGAAAGCUGAUUCAUCCAGUUGUUUUGCUGUAUGUGCAAAAGCGUUUCCCGCUUGGUUCGGAACGGCAUUCACGGCAGUGGUGACGGUCUGUGGGUCAUCAACUCGGAAUAGAUCGUGCUGUUAUCCUGAAUACGCCGAGAAAUUUCUUCCUCAUAUCUGCGUCAUCUGCAAGUGCCGGCUCAGACAGUCGGAACUCCCUUGCACCGUAAUCGAGACUAAAUGCUCCAGAAUCUUGCUCCCUGGCAGGUGGAGCUAGAGCCGUCUGCGGGUCAUCAAAUGCAUCUGGGUGUACUCUUUUGGAGCGAUAGCUUUUUUUUCCUUCGGUUCAGAUGACACACACGUCCGUAGAGCCAUUACACAGAUCAACUGUUCCCAGAGAGAGGUUCGCUCGGAUGGCAGGCCGGUCUACGCGCACAUAAACACAAGACUACCUCUGAUUGGUGUAGAGGCUGUUGUGUCUGCUCAGUGUUCCACCGUGGCAUUCGCGUGUAUACAAAAGAUACCUCUGUUUUUUACGUUUCCGCCAGGCGACACGUGUGCUCGAUGUUUGCGUGGAUUCUGUAUCCCGCACGCCGUGUGUAUUAUACGUCCAUUCACAUCCAAUUUUGUGUCUAAUCAAAGAGCGCCUCCUUCUUGUCUCGGUUUGAAACGUAAACAUGCGUUAACGUGCAAGUAUCAAAUAGAAGAUCUCUGGAGCAAAUGCACUCUUUAGACGCGUGGCGCAUACCGAGAAGCCACGGUUUGUUAUCUGGGUUAUUCCCGCUGGGCGUGGGUGUAGGAAGACAGUCGGUUUCCAUGCGUUUCUGGAUCAUCCAGUGUAGCCUGUGCCGCGAUCAUUCCCGGGUAAUUCCCGGGGUUGUUGUUCACGUGCAUCUGCAUUUUCGGCAUUGCUCUCGGCUUCUUCCUGUCUUCUCUCGGCCUAAAGGCGUUCCCUGUUGACGGCAAAGCAUCUCGCACAGCGAGUUACCAAUCUGUGAAAACUGAGGGUAGGUCGGGAGGUGGGACGCCUCCUCUUCAGCAUUAAGACGUCGGCUCUUGAAUGAAAACAUGCUCGUUCCUGUAUACGCCACCAAUGGAAAAUGCAGCAAGUUUUGUCAUCCUCCUUGGCCUCCUGCUUCGUGCUUCAAAGUUGAAGAGGUCUACCCCAUGGGGGAAAAGUGCUACAUUUCACUACGGCCCUCCGUGGCCUCCGCUUCUUGCACCAUAGCGUAGAUAGAAGAGUCGAUUGCACUUUUGUUAUACGACUGUGCCUCCUUCAGAACGGUCAUUUCAUGCCGCAUGGGGCACACAGACGGGAUUUUCCAUCAGGAGCUUACACCACUGGGUGCAUAUGAAAUCGUAGAGGGUUGUCAUGGAUCGGAUGGCUAAGCGUUUCCUGCUUAGUCACCCCUGGUCUCUUUGUUCCUGUGCCUUGGUGCGGCGCUGCACUAUGGUGAAGAGCGGUUGCGCAUGAAUGUCAAAAUGCCCGUGAACGCUCGCGUGAACCACACGCCCUGCUGUCUUCACGGAACCGUGGUCAAACUCCACACCUGUCAACAGCACAGUCGCCCAACAACAGCUCGGGCUGCAGUCGAAUUCUUAUUCGCAAACACGCCUUUUGUUCUUGUGCAUUGCUUGCCUUUCUUGAGAAUCCGUACCCCACCAACGUUUACCGCCUCGCGCCCGAAAGGUCCAUUCGUGGUUAAGAAGCCAUACUGGGUAUUACAAUUCAUGUGUAUCUGCGCUAAAUCUCUACGUUUAACAUGGCAGGGUCCGUCUGUAGCACGACCCAAAUGCUGUACGAGAACCAACUAGGGGUUCAUGCGCGCAGCGUCUGCACCAAUUAGCCUCUAUUAUCCCAUCUGAUACGGUGCCAAGAACACCAGUGACAAGAACGCAGACCAUUCGAGACAAGUACAGAGCGUUUCUACUGAGAACAACAAACAGCACGAAGCAUACGUGUAUUUUGAGAGUUCACGGGGUCUAGGAUGUCGUGCUGGCACAUUCGGGGUUUGAGCCCAGAGGUGCGUUUUUUCACUUCCUCACCAUAAGAUUUCGGUAUUGAAGGCACGUCCUGCAGACAACGUCCCGAAACAAUAAGGACGAACGGCAGCGCUCACUUGUAUGGAAGUCGCAGCUGGCAUUUGAAGUACAGGGACGCACGAAGACGGGAAAUUUGGUAACAAGUUCUUUCAGAAUAUAUUGGUUUUCGUUCAGAUUUACAGUGAGUGCGCAGCCGGGAUCGCUAAUGUUAGACCUCUUUGACUUCCAGUUGUGCCAUUCGCUUCGUUUGACCGCCCCUGCUAUGUCGGGAAUAGUCACACUACUGCACACGUCUUUUCCUUCGUCCCCCCUCCCAUUAACCCUUUUCAUGAAACUUUUCGCUGAGAGGCCUGGACACAGAGAUGAGGCGUCUUUGUCCGUUUGAUCGUUUCCUGUGAAAACUUGAAAAACACGUGAAUAUCCUCUGCGAAGCUACCGCUGCCAUUGGAUUUCGCGCCGACGACUGUGCGUUGCCAUCCGGCGCUUCCAUUCGAGGAAAAGAAAGGUAACUCGAGUUUCAGGCGUGUACGGCGAGAGCCACCAUGACAUCAGCGAACUUGGACGACGAUUUACUGUAUCGUGUCAGCGCUUUGAGAAACUGAGUGUUGCCUCAACCUGUUCCGGUGACUGCUGGUGAGAUGGUACAUGAGGCAUCGGAUGUAGUUUCCUCGCGAGUUUAAUGGGUGAAUGCGAGACGGCAGCGGAAGCUGUGGGGGAACUGCAGUGUUUGAUGUACUUGCAGAUGGCAGAAUAUUGCCGCCGGUUAUGGCUUCCUGUACUUUUCCAGAAACCACCCGCCCGUUCAAAUAAGUGUUGUUAACAGCGCUUUCCUGAAGGCAGACAGCCACGCCGGUGACGUAUGUUCGCUAGAGAGCUAAUUAAGUAAACAUGCAGUUCAGACACGCUCCCACCCACGCAUUUACACGUCUUUGCAUAGAUGAGCCAACAGUGGAAAAGCCAAUCGCGGAAGAGCAUGUGACGGUAACAGUCGAUGUGAUGCCAUACUUCAAAGUAAAACGAAGAAACUGGUGCUGCUACGGAAGUGCCGGCCGGAUGAGGCCGGCUUGGAAUUGCAUCCG